AGAAUAAAAGAGAUUAUCCAUUGCUUUCAUUUUAAGCCUACUAAACAGGUUUUCUCUAUAAGCUUUACAACUAUCGGUAUUUUUUUUAACUCUUCAUGGUGUAAGCUAGUUACUGAGAGUUUAGCCUUCAUCGGGGUUUUCCUUUGUUUUAAGGAAACACCUAUGCACCAAGAGACAUAAAGAAAAUAAACUCCGUGUGCAUUGUAUUGGAGAAGUAAUUUAUAGGUAAGGUAAAGUUGACAGCUAGAAGUUUCUGCAUAUAGUUCGCUUGUUGCCAUGGAAGUAGAUGAGCCCCAACUGGAGGUAGAACAGAAGGCAAGUAUAUUACAUCGUUGCAAGAAGUGUAGAAGAAUUGUAGCAUCUCAGAAAAAUGAAGUUUCUCAUAUCCCAGGGGAAGGAGAAAAGUGCUUCAAGGGGAAAAACAGGAGCGCUAGAGAUUUGACCAAUGUAGAGAGUAAACCAGGGUGCUCAUCAGUGUUUGUUGAACCAAUGCAAUGGAUGGAAGCAGUCCAAGAAGGAGCUAUUGAAGGCAAACUUACGUGUAAGGGUUGUAAUGCCCGUUUAGGCUAUUUCAAUUGGGCAGGCAUGCAGUGUAGCUGUGGAACUUGGGUAAACCCUGCUUUUCAGUUACAUAAGAGCCGAUUGGAUGCUUGUACAGUCUAGUUAUUUUGUGUGCAUACUUUGAUAUAUGCAUUUGUUAUAUAGCUUAAAAUCCUGAAAUUUAGCCGUGUAUCAGAUUAAACUGAAAAAAAAGCUAUACUGCAUGACUAAGGCUGUUGUAAAGUUGCUUGGACGUAUAUCUCUGUGGUUAUAAGAUCACAAGUGCUUAAAAUCAUGAAACAUGUAGGAAAAAGCUCAUUUUUCUGCUGUGCA